AUGAUGUUUGCCAAGGCCUGGGCUGGUGGUUAUAGGGUGGGCAAACACCGUGCACAGUUCCAUCCGGCAGUCCACGAAAGGUGCAGCCAGAAGGCGAGAAGACACGCUCCGCCUCUCAACGGCAAAGCUCGCAGUAGCCCCGCCUGGCCGCGGGCGUGGCUGGGACCCAGGUCGCCAGCGGCCUCCGGGACUGCGCUCCCGCCCCGGGGCCGUCCCUGGCCUCCGCCUGGUCCCACCGGCGCGGCCCAGGAGCUCAGCGCGACCACCGGCGUAAAGGCGGCGGCAGCGGCGGCUGGCGCACUCCGUGACCUCCAGGGACCGCGGCCUGUCGCGCACUGGAAACAGGGAGGGAAGCUACCACUCUGCACCGUCGGGACAGUGGGAAAGGAGCGAGGGCUCCUGCGGCAGCGGGCCCGCAGCCCACGUCCCCAGGUCCCGCCGCUUCCGACCUUCAUCCGGCUUACCCGCGUCGCCGAAGCCCGCUCUCCGCACCGCGUCCUGCCAGUCGCCAGCGGAGCACGCAGGUUUCGUUAG